GCAUUUACACACCAAACCAUGUUUACUCAGCUUUCACAUACACUCCAUUACAUCCAAAUGGAGGAAUCAGGAAUGGACUGCUAUCUGCUGUUAUAGCACUCCUCUCACAACUAUGUCUCCCUUUUCCCUUUUCUUCUGCCAUGGACAAGCUAAUCGUGCUUUUGUUUUUGCUGACAUUGUUCAUAAUCAGUAAGGAUGGUAGAGUCACGGCUGGCUUUAAAGGCUCAGCACUUGCCAGCCUCACCCUUACCAAAAGCACUCAGGACCAACUGGCAUACCGUCACAGCAACCAGAACCAUCAGGAUGAAGGGCUCACUGGCCAGAAAGAGUCAACAUUCACCCUCAGGGUCCAGGUGAAGAAUGCAGUCAGCCACCAGCCCGUGAGCCACGCAACAGUGGAAGUGUUUGCAAACUACACACUCUUCAACUCCACCACGACCAGCAGGGACGGAGUCACCGUGCUCAAGGUGCCAUACACACACAGCUGGCCUCUCAUGCUGGUGGCCAGGAAAGAUGGCUACAUCCAAACACCACUGCUGUGGAAAACCACCAAAAUACCAAUUUUUUCAUCUGUGAUGCUACCACUUUUUUACCAAAACCCAGGAAAUAUCUGGCUGUUUGAAGAUUUAGUUGUCAUAACAGGCAAAAUGUCUGCAGAUACUGUGCCUCCUGCAAAUGUGCAGUUUCCAAAGAGGCUGCUCUCCCUACCAGACAGCAACAUCUCCUCAUUAACAGCCUACCUGACUGUCCCUCGACUUCCUGCAGAGAAACAUUUCUUCCCCAACACCACAGGCAUCAUUAUGAGCAAGUCAGGAUAUAGGAGUGUAGAGUUAAACCCAAUUGCAGCAGUUAGUGUGCAGCUCUUGUAUAAUGGAAUAGAUGUGCAGAUAUCAGGCCCUGUCCAGAUCACACUGCCUCUUGCUGAAAGCAGCCAGUCGCAGCUCUCCUAUACUGUCCCAGCCUGGUCGUUUGACAGAAAGAUUGGUGCAUGGGUGAAUCGUGGUCUGGGAACAGUUCAAAUGGAGAACAGGCAUUUGGUUUGGGUCUACACCGCUCCUCAUCUGGAUUACUGGAUUGCUGCCCCAUUUCCCUCAUCCACUGAUUGUGUCAUUCUUGAAAAUGUAGGUUACAUGGGACAUGAAAGCACUCUGGACUUCAUUUCAUACAAUGCAUACCUUCUUGUUCCAGUGGUAGGAGGAGGUUUAAUUAUUGCUGUUGGAUUGCUUGCUGUUAUAUCAUGUUAUUGUAGAGAAUCUCUUUGUAAGCAAAAAAGAAAUCGAGCCCACAGCCGAAAAACAUCGGUUCAGAAGAAAGAGCAGACCACAGGUAGAAACAACAGCAACGAGCAGUUGGACAUCUCUUUUAAAGCUUCUACAUCUCACAAACACAGGCAUCGUUCAGCUGCAUUUCAAAGCACAUCUGCCAGUAAGAGGGAUCAGCUUGAGCUGAAAAGUAAAUUCAAUAAGAGCAUGGGGAAAACUGGCCAGGCAGAAAUUCGAAUCCAUGAUAACGUAGAUAAACUUGCACAAGAAUCUUCAAAGACCUUACAGACAGCACAAAAUGUCAACAGUAGUGAGCUUGUGAUACCUGUCUCUCUGCAUGAAAAUGUGUUUCCAGAAAGCUUAGUUCUGUGCAACCAGUCUGUAGCUUUGAUUCAGGUUCCACACCACAGCACUUCAUCAGACCAAACAUCAGGAAGCAGGUCUGCUACUCUUCCAAGGAAAGCAGUCGAGAACAAUGGCUUAGAAAAACAAGCUAACAAGCAAACAUUACAAGCAAAGGCACUACUCUCAGAGGUCCAGCAACAAGUUCAAACUAUGGAGACGCCAUAUGGACAGCCCAGAGCAAAAGGAUGGGGCUGCUUGUUGGAGUCUGUGUCUGUCCCAGACACCCUGAACAAAACUACAGGCGCAGACGCUUCCUGUGGGACUCAACAAGGAAGAUCUGAGCGGACACUACUGGAGCUGUCCAAAAGUAAUCCCUUCCCUCAUCCAAAAGCCUGGUUCGUUUCUCUGGAAGGAAAACCUGCAGCACAGGUCUUCCACUCCAUCGUAGACCUUCAGAAAUGUCACCUCCAACUCACUGACAGCCAUGAAACCAGCCUGGACUCAGGCGUUGACCUCUACGAGCAGCAUCGAAAGCAGAGCCAGAGCUAUCCCAAAAGAAACGCAGCUCACACACAGGCAGACUAUUCCGAGGAUGCAGAUCUGAGCAGCUGUGAGAGUGGUACAAUCAUAGCUUCCACACCAGAAAACACACACCAGAGCAGCAGCAGAACUGUGUCCUACCUGCCAGAGGAGAAAUGUGUUGAAGAUAUGUCAUAUGAGGGCACUGAAUGUGCACCAAGCCCUCAAGUACAAAGGCUCAAGAAGGCAAGAGAAAAGCCAAAAAGCACCUGGCACCUGAGGGAGGAAAGACCGCUUAUGAAGCUAAACUAAAAGCACAAUUAUUAAACCAAAAACAAAUAUUAUUAUUGUCAUCAUCAUCAUCAUCAUCAUCAUCAUCAUCAUUCUCAUCAAACCUAUUAUAAAAUAAUCAUCUACUGUAUUCACUACUACAAACUAUAAUUUUCAAACUUUGGCUCAUUGUCCAUUAAACAUAUUACCACUGCAAUUUUUUUUUAAUUUCUGCCACUGUAAUGGGUUUGUUCAUUUGUUCCUUCGUUUAUUUUAUUUAUUUAUUUGUGUGUUUGUUUGUUUAUUAAUUUAUUUUACACAGACUCCUACUCCACAUAAUUUCACCCUGAAAUUGUACCAUGCAUCAUUGUAAAAUUCACCAUAGCUGAAUGAAGCUUAUUACAUUUCUGAGCUUUUCUUUCUUUCUUUUUAAUCCAAAGCCUGUAUUAAUUAUACAGGUUCCCGUUCGCUCUGAAAGCAGUCUGAAAGCUAAAAGUAUUUACUUCUAUUAUAUGAAAUUACAAGUGCACUGUUUUAUAGUUACAUUUAGUUCAUUUCUUAUGAUCGGUCAUGACAGAGGCCAAGACCUUUUCACACUUUGAGGCAUUUUGUAAGCAUUUGGUGUGGAAAUCAAUCUUAAGGAUUAGCUGCUACUUCAGAAAGAGGUCUCCUAACACAACGACUACAUAGAAAGGCCUACUGCAUGCUUAACACAUAUGGUGAUAUUUUGUGUUAUACUGCUUUCCUAUCAACUUCCAUGUGUUGUCCAUAUGCAAAUAAACUAUUAUGACUGUUUCUAUCUGCUGAA